UGCAUCCUGGGGCCUAACACGCGAUUGGUCUGUAGGAGGGGGAGAGCAGGUUUUCGGAGCCGCAGGCCAAUGAACGUCGCUUGUGGGUGGGUUUGAAGAGACUAGGGAGUGUUUUCCCCCUUCUCCCCCCACCCUCCCAUUCCUCCUCUUUCCCCUCCCUCCCCCAGUUUAGUAAAUUAAUGCAGCGAGAAAGUCCGAGGAACUGAAGGAGUCCUGUCUUGGGGGGAGAUGGGGAGAUUGGAGGCCAACACCGACAAGUAAAAAAGAAAGAGACUGCUGGAAGAAUUCUCCUUUCCUGCCCAACUGGACCGCCAUGGAGCACCCCCAACCACUGAAACUUGCCCCGAGCCCUCUCGCGUCUCCAGCCCCAAGCGAUGGGACACCUGCCCUGCAGCGAUCAUAACUUAUCUGGCGGGUGGGGGGGUGGGGGGAACGGAGAAGCAGGAAUCGCGAGGCGACAGACAGCAGCCAGCCUGGAGGUAGGGGAGCGAGCCUUCCCGGACUCUGCCUGAUACAUUCCCUGGGAUUUAACUGAAGCAAACACCCAGCGCCAACCACCUUCCAGCCACUCAUCUCGUUUCCCAACCCUCUUGCCAGCGCCAGAGCCGAAAGCCUUUCCCAAUACACGAUGUUUGCCGGGUCCAGCAGUCCAAGGCCAACCUUUUGAUCUCCACAGGAGAAAUAUUUUUUCUUCACCUUGCCGGGAUCUGUCCGUUUAAAUAGAAAAAGGAGGAGGGGGAGAACAAUAAAAGGAAACAAGUCCACCCUAAAUACACCAACUCAGCCCCUCCACCCUACCGCGGCAGGGAGCGAUCAACCAAGCUAUAGAGUUUAUUAAACGGCAAUACUCUCUCCCUGGUCUGAAAGACUGAGAGCCAGGCGCUAUCCGUGGUCCUGAAAUUCACCUCCUUUUCCUUUGGGGGUUCCACCCCCAACAGCUGGAUUGUACUUUUUUUAAUCGCCAGUGGAAAAGUCCCCGCACUUGAUUCACCUGGUUUUGUAAGUGCCAAUCCUAAACAUCUUUUCUGUCCCUAAAACUCGUGGACUACAAAAGCAUCGGACCUGGGAAAAUGUGCAGCUUUAAUACACUUAGACUGUACCUUUGGGAGACGAUUGUAUUCUUCAGUCUGGCUGCUUCCAAGGAAGCUGAGGCUGCAGCCCGCUCUGCACCCAAGCCUAUGUCUCCCUCGGAUUUUCUGGAUAAGCUGAUGGGGAGAACCUCAGGAUAUGAUGCCAGGAUCAGACCUAAUUUUAAAGGUCCCCCAGUCAAUGUGAGCUGCAACAUUUUCAUCAACAGUUUUGGUUCCAUUGCUGAAACAACUAUGGAUUAUAGGGUCAACAUCUUCUUGCGUCAGCAGUGGAAUGACCCUCGAUUGGCCUACAAUGAGUACCCAGAUGAUUCCUUGGAUCUGGACCCAUCCAUGUUGGACUCCAUCUGGAAGCCAGACUUGUUCUUUGCCAAUGAGAAGGGAGCCCAUUUCCAUGAGAUUACCACUGACAAUAAGCUCCUGCGCAUCUCCAGGAAUGGCAAUGUUCUCUACAGUAUCAGGAUUACACUGACUCUAGCCUGUCCCAUGGAUUUGAAGAAUUUUCCCAUGGAUGUCCAGACAUGCAUUAUGCAACUGGAGAGCUUUGGCUACACCAUGAAUGACCUCAUCUUCCAGUGGCAAGAACAAGGUGCAGUGCAAGUGGCUGAUGAUUUAACUCUGCCUCAGUUUAUCCUGAAAGAAGAAAAGGAUUUGCGAUACUGCACUAAGCAUUAUAACACAGGCAAAUUCACUUGCAUAGAGGCUCGCUUCCACUUAGAGCGGCAGAUGGGCUACUAUCUGAUCCAAAUGUAUAUCCCCAGCCUGCUCAUUGUCAUCCUUUCCUGGAUCUCCUUCUGGAUCAACAUGGAUGCUGCACCUGCUCGGGUGGGAUUGGGUAUCACCACAGUGCUCACCAUGACCACUCAGAGCUCUGGCUCUAGAGCAUCUUUACCUAAGGUCUCCUAUGUGAAAGCCAUUGACAUUUGGAUGGCAGUGUGUCUGCUCUUCGUGUUCUCAGCACUGUUGGAAUAUGCUGCUGUCAACUUCGUGUCCCGGCAGCACAAAGAGCUACUCAGGUUCAGGAGGAAACGGAGACACCACAAGAGCCCUAUGCUGAAUCUGUUUCAGGAGGAUGAAGCCGGGGAGGGGAGGUUCAACUUCUCUGCUUACGGGAUGGGCCCAGCCUGUCUACAGGCCAAGGAUGGCAUCUCUGUCAAGGGAGCCAACAACAACAACACGGGCAACCCUCCACCGCCACCUUCCAAGUCCCCAGAGGAGAUGCGCAAGCUUUUCAUCCAAAGGGCCAAGAAGAUUGACAAGAUGUCCCGGAUUGGCUUCCCCAUGGCCUUCCUCAUCUUCAAUAUUUUCUAUUGGAUCAUCUACAAGAUUGUCCGCAGGGAGGAUGUCCACAACCAGUGAGGGGAAGGGCUGUGGAAGCUCGGGUAGUAGGGGCAGGGAGAGCACGGCACAAGGAGAAAAGACCCAAGGGAAGCAGAGGGAGAGGAAGGGCUCUCCCAGAACAUGUGCAAUAGCAAUGCAGAAAUGCAUGAAUUUCCGAAUGUGGCAAUAUCUAUUUAAACAUGGGGAGGGGUGAUGAGGGUGGGGGGUGGGGAGGGGGUGGGGAGAUUUUUCCUAUAUAGGAACUGGCAAGAAUGAAUGGAGAUGGAAGAGAAGUUUUACAAACUAGAGUCCAGGGGCUAUAGGCAGUUGGUAGUUUUCUACUUGGGGAGGGGGGCACAAUUUGCCCCAGGAAAGCAGUGUAAUAUAUAAGCUAUAUAUUCUUGCUUAAUUAUUAUGCAAAAAGAUCUUUUCAAUUUUUAGCCUAUUAACUGCUUAGAUUUUAAAGUCACUGGAGUGACUGACAAUUUUCCAAGAGUGGGAACAGCUGCAAUGACCUUAAGCUGAUAGUCAUGUGCCCUUUCCCUCUUUCCAUACCCCUCCCAAGGUCAUUCUUAUUUACAAAUAGAUUUGGAUAGAUUGUUGUGAUCCAAAGUCAUUUAUCUCUACUUUGGAAGGUUGCUUGGGAUGGGGGAUAGGAGGUGUUAGAAUGAAAAGAGAAUUGACAGAGAGAUCCAGAGUCAUGGGAAAACCUGGGGAACAAGGCCACUGGUUCUUUGUAUCCUAUAGCUAAAGAUGUAGCAGGCCCAUGUCUCUGAGUUUCAUAUUCCCAUAACUCCACACAUCAUCCACCUCUUCCUCCACCUCCUCCCCAGGAAAACAAACACAAAAGUGGUGGUCACAACUUUCUCCUUGGAAAUGUGACCAAUAUGCAAUUUUUUAUGAUUUAAAAAAACGUUUUCCAAAAAAUGCGGCUAAGUGUAAAAGGAUGCCAUUUUUGUAAAUGUCUAUGUUUUCUUCAUAUCUCUUUGGAAUUGCAAGGAGGUGUAUGCAUGAAGUCUCUGGAAAGAAUAGACUUAAGACCUAGAUGUUCUAUGAAGAUUAGCUUUAAAGAGGAAAGGGCAGUGGGGAAAUUGCCCCUGGCCUGGCAGAGAAAGGCCAGUCAUUAUUUUCUGACAUUUCAUAGAUCAGUAGUAAUAUGGAAAAUGGGGGAAACAACCCAAUUAUAUUUUUAUAAGUCAGUUUGGGUUUGGGGUAGGGGUUUUCUGUUUGGUUCCAUUUCAUUUGUUGUUUUAUGUCUAAGAAAGUCAGACUUGAAUUUCUCUCUACAAGAGGGAAAGUGUUCGGGGGCACUGCUGCCCAAAGACGGGUUAUCCUCACAGGGAUGGUGGAAAGUGAGGAUUUGAAGGAUGGAAGCCAUCUGACCCCUAGCACUGCCAGACCUGAAGUAGGUUUGUCAGGCAAUGCACAGCACUAGUCUUCGCAGCCCUCCAGCUCUCAAGUUGUAGUGGCUCCAGCCUGGCUGUAGUGACUUGGAAGCUGGGGUUCUAUGUUUUCCUUUGCACUUUAGUAUCUUGGCUUCAAAUGAGAGCAGCAAUUAGUUUGAUUGAUAGUUGACAAUCAAUGCAGCGCUUUGUGUCUUGAGGGCUCAAGAGACAGAAAUAAUAGUCCCUACCAGUAAAUAAGAGUGUAGGGAACUUAAAACAGGACAUCAUAAGAAACUAGCUCAUUUCUAAGAUUGAUCACCUUUUCUCUGGGGAAUUUCUCCCAUUAACUGCAACAGAACUGAUAAGUCUCCAUGGACUAUUAGAGGUUUGAGUCAAGUGACUCACAAAGUAGAAAAAUAGCCUUGCAAUAAGAUUAGAAAAAUAGACUAUGCAGCAAAAUUUUUGUCUCUGAACAUGCAAAAAGGCUAAAUAUCUGCCUGCCUUUGAUUUCAUUUAGCUAGAUAGAUACAGAUAUUGAAACCUAAGAUGAGACUUUGAAACCCUUCUCCUCGAGCAUAAACCAAGUUAGGUGUGAGUCAGUGGAGCACAGGGUUUAAAGGGGAAUCUGCAAUUCCUCCUGUAGGCACCCUGGACCUUGAAUCAGAACACAGGAGAAAGAUUGUGACUGAUGCUUCUAGUCCUGCAAUGGGAUAUCUUAUCUUCUGAGUUGUUAUUUGGGUCCCCUUCAUGAGUAUUACAUUCAUUUUAUUUUAAAAUGAAUGAGAAAGAGAAGGAAAGGAGAAAGGGAAAGAAGAGGCCCUCAAAUCAUGGCACCAAAUUCAUUAUUUCUGAGUUCUGGAUUACAGAGGAAUAGGAGCUGGAAUCUCCAAGGUAAAAAGGGAGAAUACCAGUUGAUCUCUUAACAUUUUACUAGAAUUCUUAAAUUCCAAAUGAUAUUUCUCUCCACCUUUCCCUUUCUAUCCUGGGCCUCUGGCAAUCUUGAGACAGAAAUCACAAGAAUUUUAGGUGUAUCUGAUUGGACCUUAAAAGAGCAGCCAAAGUUAGUGCUGCCACUAGUAAGCUUGUUGAAUUAUUGGGCCCAAAUCAGAGAGAGAUAAAUUAGUUGUGUCCACUGAUACAAUAAUCACCUGAAACACUUCCUUAGGGGGAAUUCUACUGGACUUUUUUUCAUGGACUAUUUUGCUGAAGUGGCUGACAAGGGAAAAUAAAUCUGAAUGCUUGGGUUCAUCUGAUGAAAACUAAUCAAAUGAGGUUUCAUUUUACUUUUAAUCCUGGCUUCUGCUUCUCUUUCAUUUUCAAACCUUUUUGCUUGACUUCUUGGAAAGUUACUUCCCCUCUCUCUGGGUCUCACAAUUUCUUAUCUUAAAAAAAAAAAAAAAAAAAAAAAAAAAAAAAAAGGUAGGAUUGGAUGAGACUCUUAUAGAUCUAACAUUUAAGAAUUCUAGGUUUUGUUUCCAAUUUUAAUAUUCUAUAUUAAUAUUAGUUACUUUUCUGGGCCCUGUCAGGAAGUUUUGUUCCUUUCUAUUGAAGCAUUAGAGAGUAAAACACAUGUCUCAAAAAUUAUUUCAAAGUUCUAUAGCACCCUCAGUGUCCAAAGACAAUGUGUCCAGAUUUACAGGAAAUACAGCAACUCCUGGAUCCAUUUUCUCGCUAUAGAUCAGUUUCUUAAACUGUGGAUUGUGACCCCAUAUGGGGUCUCAUAAAUGAAUG